GACAUCGUCGAUUCCUCAAGAGACAUGUCUGUCUUUAAAUAUUACGUUUUCGUGAUUACAAUCAUUGAUGUCUGCUGGGUCGUUCACACGUUAAGGAAUCCUUAUUGCUCGAUGCCAUGCAGAUUCGGGACAGACAGGAGUUACAUUCACACGGUCUGCGAAAGGGACAAUAAAAAAUGCGGACCUGCUAAUAAAUGCGGCCCAGAUUUUCGCGAAAUUCCGAUGAACGAUGAGCUUAGGCAGUACGCUUUAGAUCUGCAUAACCAGUGGAGGAACAAGGUGGCUUCGGGGGAAGAGAAAAGAAGCGGCGGACAGCCUCCGGCCAAAAAGAUGAUGACAUUGAAAUACAGCAAAGAGUUGGAAUUCAUCGCGCAAUGUUGGGCCAAUGCAUGUAACGGGGAUCCUCUAAAUCACGAUAUUUGCAGAUCGACGAAAAACUAUGAACACGUCGGCCAAAAUUUGGGAUUCAUCAACAGUACUCAUGACAAUAUAAAUGUGAAGGAGUCAUUACACGAUCUUAUAGAAUAUUGGUAUGAUGAAGUUACGAUUUUCAAGAAGGAAUGGGUUCGAGAAACGCAAGACAGGGGUCCUAUUAAAGUUGGUCAUUAUACUCAGAUGACUUGGGCAGACACUGACGCCUUGGGCUGUGCAAUGAGUUAUUACACCACAGACAACCCAUUCUCAGAUGAAAGGAAACCAAAUAUUACAGAACACGGAAAAUUCUAUGAUAUAAUCUGGGUGCAACCUGAAGUGAAUAAGAAGUGGCACCAUUUGCUCUUAGUUUGCAACUACUCCCCAGGUGGUAAUUACAUAGGUCUUCCACUUUAUGAUAUUGGAAGUCCAUGCAGCGGUUGUCCGAAGCACAAACCUUGCGGCUACACUAAAUACAAAUCGCUGUGCGGAAAAGAUCUGAAAGUCGCCAACUCGAGUGACCGUUUCGUUCCGUUCUUUAGGUUUUAACUCAGCACGAUUAUUUAUAAAAUACGCUUUAUUUAAACAAUUAUAUCAAAAAAAAAUAGUAUUACAAUCACAAAUUCGU